AUGGGAAAAACCUGCAGAGUCAGUACUCUGUGUGUUUUGUGUGUAAUCUUAGCCUUGGUCUCCAUAGCAACCAUUGUCACAUUGUGGACUCUUGCCCUGACAGAUCAUGGUGAUGUUACAGCUCCUUGGGACAGCUACCGUCUCUCCAUGGAUGUGAUUCCUGAGUACUACAACGUCACCAUAUGGCCUCGUCUCAGUCCAGACCCAAACAAUGGUCUCUACAUUUUCACAGGCCAGUCCACUGUACAGUUUGAGUGUGUGAAAGAAACAAAUUUGAUACUGAUUCAUUCCAGUCAACUGAGCUACACCAGGCAAGACAACAAACACAUGGCCAGUGUCACCACUGCAGAUGGUGCAGCUGUUCCUAUUAUAAAAUCAACAUGGCUGCAGCCAGAAACACAGUAUCUGGUUAUCAACUUAAAAAGUAAAUUACAUCAAGGACAGAAGUAUCAGCUGUACACUGAGUUCACUGGAGAACUAGCUGAUGACUUGUCAGGGUUUUACAGGAGUGAGUAUGAAGAACAUGGAUUACAAAAGAUAGUUGCCACCUCUCAGAUGCAUCCAACUUAUGCCAGGAAGACCUUUCCUUGUUUUGAUGAGCCAGCUUUGAAAGCCAUUUUCCAUAUAACGCUCAUUCACCCGCCUGGAACAGUAGCCCUUUCAAAUGGCAUGGAAAGAGAUAUUGCUAACAUCACCAUUGAUGGAGUAAGUUGGACAAAAACCAAGUUUGAACCCACCAAGAAAAUGUCCACCUAUCUGUUGGCCAUCAUUGUCUCUGACUACACAUAUAUCAAUACCACACAAAAAGACCCUCAGAUUCGUAUCUGGGCUCGAAGGAAGGCCAUUGACCUAGGACAGGGAAACUAUGCUCUCAAUGUAACUGGACCCAUACUGGACUUCUUCCAGUCAUACUAUAACAUUGCCUACCCUCUAACUAAAUCAGACCAAAUUGCUCUACCAGACUUUUAUUAUGGUGCAAUGGAGAAUUGGGGUUUGGUGACCUACAGGGAAACCAAUCUUCUUUAUGACCCUGAAACUUCCUCCAGUAGGAAUAAAGAGAAGACUGCCACCAUUAUUGCCCAUGAAUUAGCACACAUGUGGUUUGGUAACCUGGUGACCCUGCGCUGGUGGAAUGAAGUCUGGCUCAAUGAAGGCUUUGCUUCAUAUGUGGCUUACCUAGGAGCAGACCAUGCUGAGCCCACAUGGAAUGUUAGAGACCUGAUAGUACUUAACGAGAUUCAUAAAGUUUUUGCUGUCGAUGCCUUGACCUCUUCUCAUCCUCUGUCCUCUAACGAAGACAGUAUUCUCCUACCUAACCAAAUCAGUGAACAAUUUGAUGUCAUCUCAUACAGCAAGGGUGCAGCAGUGUUGAGGAUGCUUUCAGACUUUCUCUCAGAGCCAGUCUUCAUCCAGGGACUGAGUACUUACCUCAAUCACUUUGGAUACAGUAAUACAGUAGGGAAUGACUUGUGGCAUCAUCUGCAGAUGGCUGUGAAAGACAAUAAUGGUUCACUUCCUCAUCCAGUUGAUCGAAUUAUGAGUCCCUGGGUGCUUCAGAUGGGAUUCCCCGUGGUUACUAUAAAUACAGCCAUAGGGAAGGUAUCCCAGAAGCACUUCCUGCUGGAUGCAGAUUCUAACGUCACAGUCAAAUCACCUUACAACUAUGAGUGGCUGAUUCCUAUUCGAUGGAUGAGGGAUGGUACGGUCCAGAAAGAUAUCUGGUGGCUCAUGGAAAAGGAAGUGAUAAACUUAGAAAUGAGGAGUGAUGGUUUUUGGGUACUGGCCAACAUUAAUGUAACUGGAUAUUACCGGGUAAACUAUGACUUAGGAAACUGGGAACGCCUUUUCACCCAGCUUAAUACAAAUCACAAGGUUAUACCAGUGAUAAACAGAGCACAACUUGUGGAUGAUGCGUUCAGUCUGGCCAGGGCUCAGCUGCUCUCCACCUCUCUAGCCCUCAGGACAACCUCUUACUUGUCAAAGGAAACAGAGUACAUGCCCUGGCAAUCUGCUCUCAAUAAUCUGGACUAUUAUUACCUCAUGUUAGACCGUACGGAUGUCUAUCAGCCUAUGCAGGACUACAUAAGAAAGCAGGUGACUCCACUAUUCCUAUACUUCAAGAACAUGACCUCAGACUGGAGCAGUGUUCCUGUACAACACACCGAUCAAUAUAACCAGGAGAAUGCCAUUCGUAUGGCGUGCAGGAGUGGGGUACCAGAAUGCAAUAGCUUGACAACCACAUGGUUCAAAAAAUGGAUGGAGGAACCUCAACAAAAUAUGAUCCACCCCAACCUGCGUUCAGUGGUGUACUGCAGUGCUAUUGCAGCAGGUGAUGAGGCUGAGUGGGAGUUUGGAUGGUCACAAUUCAAGAUUGCUUCUGUAGCAAAUGAGGCCAACAAACUCAUGUUUGCAUUGGCCUGCACAAACAACAUAGAGCUGCUAAACAGGUAUCUGUCUUACACUUUAAACUCCACUAUCAUCCGGAAGCAGGAUGCCACCAGUGUCAUCACAUCUGUCGCCAGCAACAGAGCAGGACAAAAGCUGGCUUGGGACUUUGUCAGAAACCAUUGGGAAUACAUGUUCACAGAAUAUGGCGUGGGCUCUUUCUCCUUUGCUUCUAUGAUCACUGGGGUAACAGCGAGGUUCUCCACACCUGCUGAACUACAGGAGCUGAAGGAGUUUGUCGAGGCGCACAGUGCAACAGGGUUUGGUUCUGCCACACUGGCUGUAGAUCAGGCCCUGGAGAGGACCAGAAUGAACAUCAAGUGGCUGCAGACAAACAAACAGGAAAUCCUGAACUGGUUCAACAGUCAGAACGGAGAUCAGAUGCAGUAA